AAAGAAAGCAUGUUUUUGUAGGGUUAAGUUUCAAAUUUUUGAAUCUUAUGUUUAUUAUUGUGUUUUAAAACAAGAUUAUUAAAUAGAAAGCAACAUGAAAAUUCAUUUAACACCCGAUAAAGUGAGCUUCUCGCUUUUUACAACAGAACAAAUCAAGAAAAUGUGUGUUACUCAGAUUAUUACCCCACUUAUGUUAGAUCCCUUGGGUCACCCUCUACAAGGAGGUUUAUAUGAUCGUAAAUUAGGACCAUAUUCUGACAAAGAUACUCUAUGUGAAUCUUGUAACCAGACAUUCACCAAUUGCCCUGGUCAUUUUGGAUACAUUGAACUUCCUUUGCCAGUAGUAAAUCCUCUGUUUCAUAAAAUUAUUGGAACCAUUGUAAAAAUAUCAUGUUUAUCAUGUUUUCAGAUACAACUACCAACGCACAUAAAAAAAGUGUUAUGUAUUCAAAUGAAACUUUUAAAUUGUGGAAUGAUUACAGAAGCCAUGUCAGUAGAAGCAGUAAUAACGGAAUUAAUUUCAAAAUAUGAAAAGUUUGAAAAUAUUCCAACUGAAAGUAUAAAAAGUGUAUUAAAAUAUGAGGUAUUAGCUGAUGAAACGUUAAAGAAUUUAGGAGGGAACAAUAUUACCAGUCAAAAUACCGAAACACUCCGCAAUACUUUUGUGUCUAAAAUGUUGAAAGAUGUAAAAUCUAGAAAGAUAUGUCUAUUUUGCAAGACCAGAAUUAAUAAGAUUCAGGCACUAAAGAACCGAAUUAUUUUAACAACAAAGAAAGGUGACCUAAAUGAUUCUGAUGUGAUUAUGGGACAAAAAGUGACAGGUAUGGAGUCUAAAUACAUUACGCCGGAAGAGUCAAGGCAAUAUUUAAGAGAUAUAUGGAGACAAGAAAAAGAAUUUCUGCAACAACUUGUAUCUGUACUCUCAAAUGUCGACUGUGAACACCCAACUGAUGCAUUUUAUUUUGAAGUGAUUCCUGUUCCACCACCAAAUGUCAGACCUGUUAACUUGGUGAAUGGUAGAGUAUUAGAGAAUAAACAAUCGACUAGUUACAAAAAUAUCGUACAAAACGUUAUUUUUUUAAAAACUAUAAUACAAGUAGUACAAAGUAAGAACGAUAUUAAUGUCUUGUCAUCUGUGGAAGCUAAGACUGCCUAUAACAUUGCCAGAGGAAAUUCUCCUAUAGAAAAAUUAAACUAUUGCUGGGAAGAAUUGCAGAAUGACGUAAACGGGUUACUUGAUAAUGAAAUAACUCGUGGAGAAGGACAGGGAUUGAAACAGAUUAUUGAAAAAAAAGAAGGUGUUAUACGUAUGUGUAUGAUGGGUAAACGUGUCAACUUUUCCGCUCGCUCAGUUAUAACUCCUGACCCCAACCUUAAUAUCGAUGAAAUCGGAAUCCCAGAAGCAUUUGCUAAGAAGCUAACUUAUCCAGUAGCUGUAACUCCUUGGAAUGUUGAAGAACUAAGGAAAAUGGUUUUAAAUGGACCAAAUGUUCACCCAGGGGCCGUUAUGAUAGAAUACAAUGGGAUUCUAAAACGAAUUAAUCCCAAUAGUGAACAACAACAAAAAAGCAUAUUGAAAUGUUUGUUAACUCCCGAAGACGUUAAAGGACAAAAAGCACAAGGAAUUCGAAUCGUUCAUAGGCAUUUAUGUAAUGGUGACGUUCUGUUACUUAAUCGUCAACCAACAUUGCACAAACCUAGUAUAAUGGCGCACACAGCGCGAAUUUUAAAGGGAGAAAAAACUCUACGAUUGCAUUAUGCUAAUUGUAAAGCCUAUAAUGCUGAUUUUGACGGGGAUGAAAUGAACGCACAUUUCCCGCAAAAUGAACUUGCAAGAAGCGAAGGUUAUAAUAUUGUUAACGUUUCUAACCAAUAUCUCGUUCCAAAAGAUGGUACUCCUCUUAGUGGUUUAAUUCAGGACCACAUGAUUUCAGGUGUGCGACUAUCUUUAAGAGGAAGAUUUUUUAAUAAACAAGAUUAUGAGCAACUAGUUUACCAAGCUCUCUCGUACAAAACAGGUCGUAUAAAGCUGUUACCACCAACAAUUAUAAAACCACAAGUAUUAUGGUCUGGGAAACAAAUUUUAUCUACAGUUAUAAUUAACGUCAUACCUGACGAAAGGGAAUUAAUCAAUCUUACAUCAACAGCUAAGAUUUCUCCUAAAGCUUGGCAGAGAAGGCCGGCGAGGAGAUGGAGAGCAGGAGGUACUAUAUUUCCUGAUGACAAAGUUAUGAGUGAAGCUCAAGUAAUAAUUAGAGGUGGGGAACUUCUUGUGGGGAUUCUAGAUAAAACUCACUAUGGGUCGACCCCGUAUGGUUUAAUACACUGUGUUUAUGAGUUAUAUGGGGGUACUUAUGCAACAAGGUUACUUUCUUCGUUGGCCAAACUUUUCAUGAGAUUUCUGCAACAAGAAGGGUUUACACUUGGUGUACAUGAUAUACUUACGGUAGAAAGAGCUGAUGUUAGGAGAAGGCAAAUUAUAAAAGACUGUAGACAAAUUGGAAAAGAAGCCGUAACUAAAGCUUUAGAUGUACCUUUAGAUACUCCUGAUGCUGAAGUCGUUGAAAUAAUAGAAAAAUUAAGUGCUGUUGAUCCCAAAAUUAGAGCUACGAUAGACAGAUCCUACAAGUCUUCCAUGGAUAUUUUUACUAAUGAAAUUAAUAGAACUUGUUUGCCUGCUGGUCUUGUUUGUAAAUUUCCUGAAAAUAAUCUUCAGUUGAUGGUACAAUCUGGAGCCAAAGGUUCAACAGUUAACACUAUGCAAAUUUCUUGUCUUCUUGGUCAAAUAGAAUUGGAAGGAAAACGUCCACCUGUAAUGAUAUCCGGAAAAUCUCUACCUAGUUUUCCAGCAUUUGAGUUUACUCCGAGAGCGGGAGGGUUUAUCGAUGGACGAUUCAUGACUGGUAUUCAACCGCAAGAAUUUUUCUUUCAUUGUAUGGCAGGGCGUGAAGGCCUUAUUGAUACAGCUGUUAAAACCAGUCGGAGUGGAUAUUUACAAAGAUGUCUCAUCAAACAUUUGGAAGGUUUACGUGUUGGUUAUGAUAUGACUGUGAGAAACAGUGAUAAAAGUGUAAUACAGUUUUUGUAUGGAGAGGAUGGAAUGGAUAUUUCAAAAGCUCAAUUUUUCAAUGAUAAACAGAUGAGCUUCUUGGCCGAAAAUAUCAAGGUGUUCGGUAAUUCCGAUACGCUUAAACAGUUGAAGAAUGACGAAGAUCAAGAGGCUAUAAAAGAACAUGGGAAAGCGGUAACAGAAUGGAAGAAACAACACGGAAAUCCUUUAAACCGUGUAAGGCAAAGUCCAUUUUCACUAUUUGCUAGAUAUGUUCAGAAUCGGGCUGGAGAUAGAAAAAUUUUAAGUAAGGAGCAGUUAAUGAAACUUUGGUAUGAAUUAGACGGGGACAUCAAAAUAAGCUUUAUCGAACAAUGCAAGAAAUGUCCAGAUCCCAUAGAAGCCGUUUAUCAACCUGAUGCACAUUUCGGAGCGAUAAAUGAGAAAGUUACGAAACUUAUCAAGAACUAUAAAGGAUUCGACAAUAAAAAAAGCAAGAAAGAAUUUCAAGAUGUUAUAAAAUUGAAAGUAAUGGAAUCGAUGUGUUCUGCGGGAGAGCCAGUUGGACUUCUUGCGGCACAAUCAAUAGGAGAACCAUCUACCCAGAUGACACUCAAUACUUUCCAUUUUGCUGGAAGAGGUGAAAUGAACGUUACCCUCGGUAUUCCCCGUUUAAGAGAAAUCUUAAUGAUGGCUUCACAGAAUAUAAAAACGCCAUCGAUGGAAAUUCCAUUCUUGCAGGUUCCAGAUUUAGAAUAUAAGUCGAACGAAUUAAGAAAACUUCUGACCCGCGUGGUGGUAGCCGACGUUUUGGAAACUAUUGACGUCACUGUUGAACUUCAACUUAAACCCAUUAGGCAAUAUAAGUAUACCUUGAAAUUCCAAUUUUUACCGAAGAAAUAUUACAGUAUGGAUUAUUGUGUGAACCCCACAAAAAUACUAAAGCAUAUGAAAACAAAAUAUUUUGGUGAAAUGUUUGCAUCCAUCAAGAAAGUCAGUAAAAUUAAUUCAAACAUAGUAAUGAUGGAGGAAGAAAGAAUCAAGAAAAGUACAACUAAUAACGAAGAAGGUGAAGAUCAACCGGAAACAAAUGAAAGAGAAGGUGACAAUCAAAUUGACUCCUCAGAUGACGAAGUUGAAGACCAUGAAGAUGCUAAGCAAAGUCAUAAGUACCAAGAAACAAGGGAUGAUUUAGAACCAGAAGAAGAAGAAAAAGAAAAAUCUGAGGAUGAGGAUGAAGAUGAAGAUAACGAAACCCAAGCGAAUCAAAAAGAAACUGACAAUCAAGAGCAAGAUAAUGAAGUAGUUGAUAGUUACAAUUUUGCACAAAGUUAUUAUGAAGACCAACAAAAACAAUUGUGGUGUCAAAUAACAUUUGGUUUGCCCUUGUCGUUCAAAAAAUUGGAUCUUACUGCAAUUUUAAAAGAGACGGCUGGCAAAUCUGUUCUUUGGGAAACGCCCCAAAUUAAAAGGGCCAUUACUUAUGUUAAGGAUGAUAAACUAAUGCUUAGAACGGAUGGUAUCAAUAUUGUUGAAAUGUUUAAAUACAAUACGCUUUUAGACUUGCCACAACUUUAUUGUAAUGAUAUCCACAAAGUGGCCGAAACAUACGGUAUUGAAGCAGCUUCGAAAGUAAUAGUAAAGGAGGUUAAAGACGUAUUUAAUGUGUACGGAAUUAAGGUAGAUCCUCGUCAUUUGUCUCUAGUAGCGGACUAUAUGACCUUUAAUGGUACAUUUGAACCUCUCAGCAGAAGAGGAAUGGAAAACAGUGCUUCCCCUUUGCAGCAGAUGUCAUUCGAAUCAUCUUUAGUAUUUUUAAGGAAUGCAGCAAUUCGAGGCCGAGAAGAUGAUUUACAAAACCCUUCAAGUAGUCUUAUGUUAGGAAAACCAUGUGGAACCGGCACAGGAAGCUUUACCCUUUUACAUAAGUCUUUUGUAACAUGUUAAUAAAUAAAUUUUUAUAGAUA